UUGCUCACGCGAUAAGUGGAGUGGGGCGCUCACUACGAUGUUCUUAUCAGCCAACGUAAGCUGAGCGCUUGCGCAGUGCUCAUCAAUCAGUCGAGCUGGAACGUCGGAGCUAGCUUCAAAGUCAAAAGUUCUCCAACUAUGGUCGCAAGUGCCGAUCUCACCGAGGGAGGGUAGUUCGAAAACCGUGGCGCGCAGUGCCUUAACCUCCGAUGUAAACAAACCAUUUAAAUCCAGUGCCGCGUCUUCCUAGUUCAGUCCCCAUUCGACUCCUGCUGAAAUUCAUCUACCAGUGCGCAGCGAUUAGUUUACGUGUUGCCGGUGACUUGUACUAGUUCGUUUUUCGUUCCGAUUAGUUUUUUCAUCGGUUUUUGUUCAGUUUUUGGUUACCGCUCCAGUUCAGAAUGUCGCAGGAUUGGGGAUACACCGAUGCUGACGGUCCAUCAACAUGGCCGGAGAAGUACCCAUUGGCGGGCGGCUCAAGACAGAGCCCCGUCGACAUCCCAACGGACCAGGUGACGUCAGACUCUUCGCUCGAGUCUCGGCCCCUGACCUGGCGCUACGUCCCCGAAAACUGUCUCGGGAUCGUCAACCCUGGCUACUCUUGGAGAGUCGACGUCGAUGGACAAGACUCAGAAUUGACUGGUGGUCCAUUGCAUGGAACUUACAAAUUGGAACAAUUUCACUGUCACUGGGGUAGAUCAAACACCGAAGGAUCUGAGCAUACUGUCGAUGGGAAACCCUACGCUGGCGAGCUACACUUGGUGCACUGGAAUUGCGAGAAGUAUCCUUCAUUCAGCGAAGCAGUACAACAUCCGGACGGCUUAGCAGUGCUCGGAGUUCUACUCCAGGUUGGAGAAGAAUCUCAUGAAGAAAUUGAGAAGAUCGUACAGUUAAUCCCUCACAUUCAGUUUAAAGGCCAAAAGAUUCCCACAGGAACGAUUGACCCUGCUAAAUUUUUACCUGCUGAUGUUUCAUACUGGACCUAUCCUGGAUCUUUGACGACCCCACCUUGUUCUGAAAGUGUCAUUUGGAUCAUUUUCAAACAGCCAGUCACAGUCUCAGAGAGACAGGUUGAAGCUUUCCGAACAUUGCGAACCUACAGUCCAGAUGAAAUUUGUCCAUGCGAGGGAGAGGGACAAGUUUUGUACAACUACCGACCUCCACUUCCCUUGGGCAACAGAAUCAUGCGAGAAUGCGGAUCCAUGUAAAAAUUCGAGCUCUUGGAAAGUACGCUUUUGUUAAAACUCUCUAACGAAUUACCUGAGUAAUCUUUGAAACCAUACCAGUUUUUGAAAGUAUUUAUUUUGAGUUGUUUUUAUUUGUAGGGACUAAUUUUAUUCUGUGUAAAUUUAUUUUUGUCAAAUUUUAAGUUCAAUCAUGUGCAACUUUUCUAGCAUUCUAGAAAGUUUCAUCACAAUAUUUCAUUCUGCAGCCAAUGAACAGCUUCUAACGUUUUGUUCAAUUUUAUGAGUAUUCUUUCCUGAAUAUAUCCACUCAUCUGGACAUUUUAAUGGGAUAAAAGAAAAAUCGAUGCUGACAUUGUCAAGUUGAGCAAUCAGCAACUGACUUCUCUGUACAAUGUAUUUUCUUUUGAUUGUAUUUUGAAUGAAAUAAGGAGGAAGAAACGAAGCAAACAAGAGGUAUUCUUUCCUGCUACUUCCCUUUUUGCAGUUAAAAUUUUUGUUAGUAAUGUUUGUUGCAAGAAAAAUAUUGCUUCCCCCUUAUCAUGAUGAUCUAUUAAAAAACCGAACAGAUAUUAAGAUAUGAUACUUCAAAUAUGCGCAGAUAUUAUGUACGUACAUGAACCUUCAAAUAUUUUUUAUCCUGUUUUAAAAGAACAAUGUAUUUUUUGCAUAAAUAAGGUAAACAAAUGAGAAAAACCCGUUUCGCAUACAAAAAAAAAAAAAUUGUCCAUUCACCUGCUAAAUUACCUGCUCGCUCUUUGGGCCAAGCAUUUUAGGGUUUUAAAAAAAGCAACACCUGUGAAUCUUCUUUCGAAAAAUGAUAAAAUAAAAGAUAUGAAAGAAUUUUAGAAACAAUUUAGGGGAAAAAAAAACAGCUGAAUGAAGGAAACUAAUAUUUUUAUGAAAGUAAAUAUUUAAUCGGAAUUAAAAUCUCAAAGAUCAGUUAGUUGCCAAUGAAAGCCCAUAAUUCAUUUUAUCAAAACAGAACUCCUUCCAAUUUGCAAUAAUGUCAUGUAAAUCUCCGUUCUCUCUGUUAUUUUGUUUUCCUCUAAUGUUAUCGAUUCUUUGCACUAAAUCUCAUUCAUUGUUGACACUUAUCGGUUAAGUUCCUCAGCAUAUAUCCAGUCUGUUCAGCAUAUGUUGUCUGUCUAAAGAACAUCACCUCAAAUUAUAACAUGAAAAAUGUUGUCCUCUUUUUUCUCUUAAUGCACGUAUGUUUUGUUAAUUUUUACAGUCAAAGUUAUGUGUCAUUUUACAUGCUACUCCUCCAUUAUUAAAGUGAGUGAUCAUACUUAGUGAAAAUCAAUUUUACAUAUGAUGGAUCUUUCUUAAUGAGUAUGAUUGUUAUAUAUAUUUGACAGCCAUUAGUUAAAGACUUUGAAAUCUGCCAAAUAUCUCCGUACUUGAGAGGUAAAAAUACAUUAAAAUAUAACUAACCAUGAAGUUUAUCAAAAUUAUAAAAUUGAAAUGUAUGGAUCCCCCUACCCCAAAAAAAAAUUAUUUGUUAAUACCAUCUUUGUAUACUGCAACUUCCUCUUUCGUUUUGCAAAUGAAAAAGCUGUGAUCAAUAUUUGCUGAAAAUUUAUGAGAUGAUAUAUGUUGUUUCAGUUACCUACUUAUCUGAUGCCUUAAAAAUUAACAGGCCAGGACAAUAAUUUCUGUUUUUUAGUGCAGUUUAAGUGCACGUACAUUUUUUAACUUUUAUAAUUCCGUACAUGAAAAGUAUUCAGUGUGAGAGUACUAGAAUACACCACUUUCUUAGUGAUCAGUUUUGGCUCUUAGCUUACUGAAUUUAUAAUUCUUGGAGCCUUGGUCAUCAAGCAUAUCAAGACUGUUGGCUAUAGAUCUGCAAUCUAUUUACUUGUUCACUCAUUAAUUUUCUUGCUUUAACAGAGUUUUUAAGGACUCUUUUAUUUUUAGUUGUUAGCAGGUUUUUUUUUUACUCGAUUUUACUGGAUCCCUCAUCUCAUUCCUCCCCUUCAAGUAAAGAAAAAAAGAGCUAGAGGUGAAUUUUUAUAACAAAAAAUGGACUCAUUUCCACUUUCUUUGCAGUAAGUUUUCCCUGAAAAACAUUUCGCAUCCUCAUCAUCUUCCCUUAUUAUUCUCUGUUUCCGCCCUUGAAAAUGAGCUUAAAAAUAACGAUGUAGUUUUAGGAUUUGAAAAUGCAGGGACCAAUAUAUUUUGUUGACACUCAUUAGGGUGUCAUUCCCAGUCUGUGAUGCAUUUUUUGCAUGUAAAUAAAAGCUAUUAUUGUGUUAAACGUAUUGAUUGACCAAAACUAUUUAAUAAAUCAUUUUAAUAAUGAAAAUAAACUCAUGUCAGACACUUUUUUAAAUUGCUACUUGGUACCAGCUGUGCUUUUAAUAAAAUGUCCAUUCCAGUGAGAUGGUCAAAUAUUAUUUUACAGCUACAACAAGAUAUUAUCACACUUGAAAAUCAUGCAGUGAUAUUGAUGCUCUUCUAUUUUUGGAGUGAUUCGUCUUAAAAAACAGUCAGAAGACAGUUUUUCAAAACUUGAGGGCCACUUUCUCUAAGCAUGUUGUUGUUUCGUUUUAUAAUUGUUGGUUAUUUGUGCGAAUAUAUUUAUAUAUUUAUAUUUAUGAGAUCAUAUUGUUAUAUUUAUAUCUUAAAAUACUACCUAUUCAUUUUGUAAAAUGUCUGAAUUGCUGUAUCUAUUGUAAAAUAAACCUAGGUAGAGCUUCA